AUGGCUACCCCUAGUGUCCUAGUCUUUGAUGCUAAGGGUUGGGCUGUUGACUUUGAGGUCUGGGUCGAUGAUCUACAGCUUUUCCUACAGUGCGAUAGGAAGGACGGUCUCUCCCUGUUUGAUCUCACGUCUGGCGCCUCUACUGCCCCUGCUGCCGAUGCUGUCAGCACUGUUUGCUCACAGUGGGCUACACGCGAUGCUGCUGCCCGUCUUGCUGUGCGUAGUCACUUGCCGUCCACUAAGCGCGCGCACUUUAGUCACUACAAGAGUGCUAAGACCUUGUACGAUGCUGUAGUUGCACACUACUCUUCCCCUGCCACUGCUGCCCUUAGCCGCCUCAUGCUGCCGUACCUGUUUCCUGACCUCGCCGCCUUUCCCACUGUCGCUGACCUCGUUACGCACCUUCGCACUAGUGACACCCGCUACCGCGCUGCGCUUCCUCCUGAGUUGGACCACUUCCUCUCUGUUUGCCCCACCACACUCACCGUUGACCUUCUCGAGGAGCGCCUCCUGGCAGCUGAGAAGAGUAUAGUCGCUGUAGGAGCCUCUCGAGGUGACCCUCGUGCCCCUGUCUUUGAGGGGUGCUCCCCUUCCCCCCUUUUGCCCUCUGUUGCCUCUGCUGCUGCCGUCGACUUCGUUGGCACCGAGUCGGUCGGCGCUGCGUCUGCCCCUAGCGGGCGACACCGCACCGGCAAGGGCAAGGGGGGCAAGGGCGCUGGAGGGGCUGGCGGGGGCGGUGGAGGUGGCGGUGGAGGAGGCGGAGGGAGUGGGGGUGGUGGUGGGAGUGGUGGCGGGGGUGGAGGUCUCUACCUCCCCUCGUUCUCUACAAACUUGGUGAGAGGUGCUGAUCUACAGAAUGGGGGGGUGGACCAGUUCACUCCUCCAAGUCAGCGGGUGACUCACUAUACGUGUGCUCGGACGGGCUGA